AACAUGAGUGCCUCCAAAAAUGGGUCUGAAAGCACCAACAUCAUGAAGAAGUACAAGAUCGUCUUUUUGGGCGACCAAAGUGGUAAGUACAGCCGGAACAGCCCCUAAGCACCAAAUACUAACCUACAGUGGGCAAAACUUCGUUGAUCACCCGCUUCAUGUACGACACGUUCGACGAGCAGUACGCAGCCACGAUCGGAAUAGACUUCUUGCUGAAAACGAUGUACUUGGAAGAUAACAAAACCAUUCGCUUGCAGCUAUGGGACACUGCAGGGCAAGAACGGUUCAGAAGCUUAAUACCCUCGUACAUCAGGGACAGCCACGUUGCAGUGGUGUGCUACGACAUAACCAACAAAAAGAGUUUCAACAACUUGGACAAGUGGAUCAAGGACGUCAAGUUGGAGCGUGGCGACGAUGUGAUUGUGGUUUUGGUGGGAAACAAGUCGGAUUUGGGCAACGACAAGCGCCAGGUGACAGCAGAGGACAUGGAGGCGUUGCAGAAGGAGGUGGGAGCACGUUUUGCCAUCGAAACAUCCACCAAGGCGAACCACAACGUCAAGUUGUUGUUCAAGAAGAUUGCCCAAAGCUUGCCAGAAUUUGGCACCAACAGCGACGAAACCGAGCAUAGAAAAAACAAACCAGAAACCAUCGACAUAAGCGUGGAUAAUACCGAAACGGCUAGCAGCAGCUGUUGCUAGUGAUAAUUACAUAGAGGUGGAAUAUCGAGGAGUUCGAUGAUUACAGCAAAAUAUGUGUAGGAAACCAGCGAAAGGAUGUAGUGGUGUUGUAGUGUGAAGGAUGGCUCGGGAGCAGGGGUUCUAUUAUUCAUGUUAGUUAUUCAAGCAAUGCUUUGAACACUAAUUUUUCAGUCAAAUCAGAUUCGUCAUUUUUAUCAUUCAUGUUAACUUAUUUAAGCAAUGCUUUCAACACUAAUUUUUCUGUCAGAUCAGAUCUGAUACCACCAUGAAAUGAAGGUCUAGAGAAUGGUGCUACAUUGAAAUCCACCGCCGAUGGUAUUUUCUUGAAAGUAAUGGUGUCC